UUCCACCGCUCUCUCACGUCGAGCUGUUAUACACUGUCAGACGAAGCUAGUGAUCGGCGGCCGCUGCUGGUUUCCCCAUGCGGCAUGCACCCAAAGACAGAUCCAACUCUAGCCCGUUGCAAAUUGUGUGACCUGUGCGAGGGUCAGUACUACUGCGAUGCUCUUCACAGCUUCAUCUUGUGUUUUGUACAUCUCGACGAGGAGCAACUCAAUAGACGGGAGCAUGAGACCUCUCUUCGUCAAACUGGCUGCGAAACAGCACUCCCGUCCCACCGUUCACGUGAAACAGUUACCUCAUUGCAGGCAAGCCGCAGUCUCGCGCAGAUGCUGCCAUCCACGCCGUACUCAAUUACAUUACUCCCGCCUGCGGCUGGCCGGGCCGCCUCUGCACUUUCCGCGCAACACCUAUACGCGUUGGUCAUGUUCGUGGCCAAUAACAGAACGUAGCCCUGCUUGCAUUCGAUGUAUGAUCCAGCCGCUCCAGGUAUGUCACGUUCGCGCAUUCCUGAUGAGCUCGUUCGACAUAAUGGCAUGCAUAUUUACAGAUGCAGUCCGAGUCCGCCUCGUGAGCCUGUCAAAUUACGAUCAGUUUAUGUACCGCAUUGAUGAUGCUAUGUCAUGCGGCUGCCGUUUGAAUCUGCUAUGUCCCGUCCACUCCGAGUCUCGGAACAUACGCCCAUCUAUCGCCGACCUUCACGCCGGUGUUUUUCAAACGCUUGACCUGGCUAUACGAGAAGCCGGGCGCGCAAGAGAAGUCUUUCAAGCGUGUGGGACACGUCCAACGUAGAUGUCACACGGGAUGGUCACUUAUUCUAUCGGCGCUUGAGGAGAUAAGGUAGGGCAUGGCGAGAAUAUGUAUCAGGCAGGUACGAGGGUCCGCAUACAACUCAGUAUGCAAGGGAGCAGUUUCAUG